CUGAGGCAUUCACUCUUGCCUUGAGACCGGCACAGUAACUCUGGAAGUAAAGAAGAAACGUGGGAGUUAAAAGCAAAUUAGCACCACCCGCUCAUACAGUGAACUCAGAGAAGAUUACAAGUCAACAGCCUCAGCAAAAACCAACACUUCUGUGACAACUUUAGCAGCAGGAUCAUCAAGAGCCCCUUUUAAGACGAAUUGUGCGAUUGGCAAAUUUCACGGAGUUUUCAAACUCCAGCUUUGAAACUUAGCCAAAUCCACCUGGCAGAAACAGCCGGUCAGAUUCCACCUGACCCCUCAAAAUCUUUAGUUCAUCCCUUCAGCUCAUAUCAGAAGAAAGUGGCUUCUUCCACCACAUCUGAAGCAUCUCAACCAAUCAUGAGCUCUGAGCAUUUGGUGUAUGAUGUGGAGAAAGGCAGCAAAGUUGUUGUGGUGGGUGAAAAGCCCAGCCAAGAAGGCAGGUGGAAAUGUCUGAGCAUCUGCUCCUUCCUGCUCCUGAUAGGAGCUGUAGCAGUGUUCGCUGUCUUGCAAUUUGGAGCUUUCAGGAAAUCUGCCAACCAGGACUCUAUAGAAAAAGGAAACUCAUUUCUUGAUGGUUUGCCACAGACAAUGAAAGUACAGGCCGUGACAUCGAGGAAACCAGUUGCCCAUGCCAUAGCUUCCUUAAAGCACUCCAACAAACUGGUCUGGACUACAGAUGUGGCACCUGCCAUGUUGAACAACAUAGUGCUAAGCAGCACAGACAAUGCGCUUGUUAUACCUUCCGAUGGACUCUAUUUUGUGUACUCUCAGCUCAUGUUUCAUGGAGCCAACUGUGGGGACUCUCUGCUGCUGAGCCACACAAUCAAGAGUUGGUCCACGAUGUACAACGGAGAAGUUGAAUUGCUGAAGUCCAUCAAGUCUGUCUGUGAAGUCCCAAGUAGCACCCCAAACCAUAAAAAACUGUGGUUUGAAUCUAUCUAUCAAGGGGCUGUUUUCAAGCUGAUGAAAGGAGAUCGUCUGUGGUCCCAAACCGAAUCAGCCCAGUAUCUGGACUUGGAUCGACAAGGACAGAUAUAUUUUGGGGUUGUUGCCUUGGAUUAAAAGGCUGCUAUUUCCAGAGACAUCCCAAUUGUUCUUCCUACACUGGGCCCACCAUUCAAAAUGCCUUUACUUCUCAGGGCUACUCACUGCCUGUAGAAUGAGACUUUAAAAAAAGAUUCUGAGUACUGUCUACAACUGAAAAUUUCCCCACUGAAAUGACAAAAUUCUGAACUGGCACUCAGAACAGAAAGUGUAAGGGUACAGUGUGGUUAUUGUUGUUACCGAUUGUUUUUUACUUGAUCUUAUUUAUUUAUUUAUUUACUCUGUGUGUGUGUGUGUGUGUGUGUGUGUGUGUGUGUGUGUGUGUGUGUUGUGUGUGUGUGUGUGAUGCAUUUAUUUAUAUUGCAAAUAUGUAUGUGUUUGUGAGAGAGAGGGAGCGAAAAGGUGCGAAAGAGAGAGAUGGCAUGCUUCAAGUGAGCGAAUGUGAAAACCAAACUGCGCUUAAACUUGUACUCAGUUAAAUCUAGCUCCAGGUCUCUUUCUUCAGAUCAUUUGUAUAUAUCAGUGCUGCACAACUUAAAUGCCCCGGUGGGCUGGAACCAACCACGACAUGGUAUUUGAGGGCCGAGGUCAAUUUUCAGCACAUUAAUACAUUGACAUUAAUUAUUACAUGUAUUAAUGAAAGCAGUUAUUAGUUACUGGUGGAUCUUUUCCCUUUGUCAAGGGACCUACAAUUUUAGCUAGAGAUAGUGGCCAGAAAAUAGGCCCUGUUCCUAUUCAGUCACUGUACCUGACCCAAAGGGUGACUGUCUGGCUUUCUAGGGCGCGGUGGCUGCAGGAUACUCCUACCUGCGGGCCAGCAAAAAAAUCCCCACAGGCCAGAUCUGGCCCCCAGGCCUUAUGUUGUGCAGGCCUGGUAUAUAUACUGGCUGAUAUGAUGCGGCCAAUGACUCAGAGUAGUCCCAGAGAAAUAAAAAGGACACGAGCUGAAUGGAUUUUCUCAUCACGUCAGCCACCAUGCAUAUCAAUCUGAGUUGACUAUGUCAAUUUUAAUUACGUGCGUUAUAUUAACUGCUUAAGGAGCUGACCCCAUGGACAGGAGGGCUUCUGGGUUCUCUUACAGUUUACUGACAGGUGAAACAUUUAUCUGUUGGAUGAUGUUUGUAUGGGAGAUACAGAUGUCAAAGUAUCUGAGAUAUUCUCAGUUUGGAUACUCAGGGGCAUGUAAUAUUUUAUACUGAUAUUUUAUGUAUUGCCACAAAACAAAUUUCCCCCAAAGGGGGCAAAAUGUUGCUAAUUUAUUUAUUUAUUUAUUUAUUUAUAUGGAUAUUUAUUGUAUCGUUUUCUCUGUUGGGCACAUUGUAAGAGAAAAUUAUUAUGAAUUAUCUUUAUUAUAUUUCAUCCUGUACUGAAAAUAAUAUCUGACUUGGAAUAAACUAAGCAAUAAAAUAAAAUGAUAAAAGGAUU